GUGAAAAAUGGAUUUUGAAUUGGCGCUAUUAGAAGGCGAAGGUGGCACUGGAUUGGUUGAAUUAGUAAAUCAAGGUAAAUUCAAGGACGUAUUGCUUAGUGAUCCUGCUCAAAAGUUACUUGGUGAUAUUGAUUUGGAUUACUUGAAAGUUAGAAUAAAUAUAAGUGAAAAGGACGCAUUAUCUGUAGCAGUUGCAUUGUUACAUUCUUUCAUUCAGAUCAAUUGGACAGGUCCUGAUUUAGAUUUCAAUCUAACAGAUUUGAACGGUUUAUGGAGUGAUUAUGACUAUCAUAAUUCAAUAGCUAUUCAGAAAUUGAGUACUGGUGGUGAGCCUGCUUAUCAUUUAACCCGAUUCGCUCCUUUGUUACUUAUCGCACAAGCAAUCUUCAAUGAAUUGGUUAAAAGUGACGAGGGAGAGUUACCUUUAGGCUCAGCAAAGUGGUGGAAUCUCAGAGCAGCAGUAGCUCAGCAACAUUUAUUAGACGAAUGUGUUCCACUUCCAGAAUCGAUGUUAGAUGGUGUCAAAAAGGCACUCAUAGAUAAGCUGCCACCUACAUUAAAAGCAAGACUUACAUUAGAAGUUGGAAUUGCAUACCACAUGUUCGAAAGAGACAGGGAAGCGUCAGAAACAUUCUUGGAAGCUGCCAAUACUAAUGAACUAAAGUUCCACUUAACUGGUGCACUCGGAAAACGUACCAAGUUCCAACAGAGCGAUAUUACUCAACUAGUUCUUCUAGCAGAAUCAAGAGAUAGUCAAGAAAGCAAAGAAAAUGCCGACUCUCAAGUCAAAGAUUUGGAAUUAAACGAUGACACACUUCUCGAACAGACUCAGUUCAGUUCUACAGUCGACUCAUCGGCACCUCUAUCACAUAUAGAUCCCUCAAAUCAGCCAAAAUUAUCAGCAAUUGACCAAUGCAUCUUACUAGGUAUGUGUUUGAAUAUCAAAAAUACAGCCCCAGAGAAUGGUCUCACCAACUCUCAAAUGGGUGCUUUCGUUCAGAGGGUACUCUCAAAUCACCAAAAUUGGUCAAUUUACACAAUGAGUUUACUCUUGAGAAGUAGGUUGGAAGCACACCGUACACGUACUGUUCAACGUGCAACUUUACAGUUACAAGCUUUGAUCGAUCAAAUGCCAACAUCAGAUUCAAGCAAUGUUGAACGUUUGAAGUAUUUCUUCGCCAUGCCUAUGCCUGCCAAGUGGGAACUUGAGAGGGAGCUCGCACAGAGAUUUGUCAAUAUCGGUGUUGUUAGAUCUGCACUUGAAAUAUAUCAAAAGUUGGAGAUGUGGGAAGAUACAAUAAUUUGUUAUGUCAGCACAGAUAGACAAAAUGAUGCGCUCGAUACAGUCAAAGGUCUCCUUGAGGGUAGCAUAGUUGAAUCACAAACCAUCACAUCUCGUGCUAAAGCCACCGUUGACACUAAAACACGCACAAGAAUGGAUGUCAUGAGAGUAGCAAAGUUAUGGUGUCUUUAUGGUGACCUUGAUGUACCAAAUUGUGAACAACACUAUAAAAAAGCAUUAGAGGUAUCAAAUAAUUCAAGCAGUCGUGCUUAUAGAUCACUUGGUGGAUUAUACUUCGCUAAGGGCGACAGCAAGAGCACAAUUGAAGUUCUUCGCAAGGCUGUUGCGAUUAAUCCUCUCUAUCAUCACACUUGGUUCAUCCUCGGAUGUGCAUGUAUCAGAUUAGAAGAUUGGGAUGGUGCGAUUGAAGCCUUCAGUAGAUGUGUGGCUAUUGAAGACGAUGACGCGGAAUCUUGGAAUAAUCUGGCUAGUGUUUACCUCCGUCUUGGUGAUAAAGCUGUAACACACGAAAGCAAAAUGCAUGCCUUUAGAGCAUUAAAACAAGGAUCAAGAUAUGGAUUCGACAAUUGGCGUAUAUGGCAAAAUCUCAUGAUUGUUUCGAUCGACGUUGGUGAAUUAGCAGAUGCCACUAGAGCGGUUGGAAGAUUGGCUGACAUUAGAGGAGAACUUAUUUGCGGAGAAAAUGACGACUCAAGUGAACUUGAUGUUGUGGACAAGGUAGUUGACGCCGUUACGCUAGCACCACGUAACGAAAGAGAUGCAAUUGAGGGAGAUACCUCAGCCGAAGGGGCUCAAGUCGUGCAUAAUUCCAAUGAAGGUCACGGUUUAUUAAGAGCAGUUGAUAGAUUAUUCGAUUAUUCAUUGUUGAAAAAAGUCUCAUCACCUCGCAUUUUCAAAUCAUACGCUAGAUUAAACUUCUGGAAGGGUCAAUACAGGAACGCAAUUGAUAUGCACCUCAAAGCCUAUAGAGCUAGUGUUGGAUCUGAUGAUACAGUUGAGAAUGACAAAAAGGCAUUCCAGAAGGCAUCUGAAACCAUAAUUGAUUUGGUUGACGUUUUGCAAAACUUUGGUGAGAAACCUGCAGAUGUAAACGAUCCAAACAAUCAAGAAGAUGCAUCACCAGAUUGGAAGUAUCAAGCUAGAAGUUUAUUGAGAACAUUCCUUGGUCGUACAAGAUCAACGUUUGAAGAUGAAAAAGAAUAUGCCCAACUGAAGGAGCUCUUAGAGGAGAUCAGAAGCACUUAGUGAUAUUGUAAAUAAUUAUAGAUAUUUAUUGGGAAUUAUAAACUGUUU